AAAGUAAGCAAAGCACAUUGGGGUUAUUGUUCGUUUUUUAGCUAAUUUUAACGUUUAACUCGUAUCUUUUCACGUAAUUAAGAUUAUUAGUUAAAGUGUUCAAUUACGCCGUUUGGACAAUGGAGGUUUUUAUUUGAUUCGGUGUCAAAAUUCUAUGGAAUACGUUUGCAUACCACAGAAGCCAAAUAACAGUAUCCACAGUUGAGAAGUAUGUGUAGAGAUGAAGAGAUGUGACGCGUGCCGUGUCCGUUCCGAACGGAGGACGGAGGAGAGGGCAGACAGCACGGGAGACAGAGCCCCCCUCAUAGACAUAACUGUCCCUCAGGAGGAGUCUUACGAUAGCCAAAAUUUAUCGUGCGGCAUCUGCGCCAUGUUCCCGUCGUGCAUGUCGCUGCUGUCGCGCCGCGGGGAGCAGCGCGCGCCGCGCCCCGGCCAGGCGGCCGUCGUCCUCAACGUGUACGACAUGUACUGGACCAACUGGUAUACGGCGGGAGCGGGUGUGGGGGUGUUCCACAGCGGGGUACAGGUUCACGGCUCGGAGUGGGCGUACGGUGGACACCCGUACGCCUUCACCGGCGUCUUCGAGAUCACGCCGCGGGACGAACGGGAGCUAGGCGAACAGUUUCGUUUCAGACAAAGUGUGCACAUAGGUUAUACAGACUUCAGCGAAGACGAAGUGAGACGGCUGGUAGCAGAACUUGGCAAGCAGUUCCGCGGUGACAGAUACCACCUAAUGAACAACAACUGCAAUCAUUUCACCUCAGCGUUUUGUUUGGCACUAUGCGACCACGACAUCCCCGCCUGGGUGAACCGGCUCGCGUACGUAAGCUCGUGCGUGCCCUUCCUGCAGCGGUGUCUGCCCAAAGAGUGGCUGACCCCGGCCGCGCUGCAGCAGUCGUUGGCGGCGCACUCGCGCUCCUCCUCGCCACAGACGCCCCAAUAGCAUCAAUAUGUACUGCACAGUUGCAGAUAAGCAGUCAGAAGUGUUGUGCGAACUAAUUCAUACUAGAGUUAAAAUUAGCUAGUACUUGGUUUGGCGCAUUGUCGAUGGUUACUAGAGAGGCGGAGUCGCACGCCGUUGAAAUAAAAACUUUUAGUCGAUUUUCUCUAUGGCAUGUUUAAAAAAUCGACUAAAAAACGCAGUGACUUAAAAACGGUUUUGACGUGACUCCGGCCUUUGUUAUAUUAAACUAAUUAUAAUUAAAUCCUUGUGUUAAUAAAAACUGAGUUGUCUCUUUCGUUUUCUAGAACAAGUGAUAGAGAUGGCAGUAUGUUGCUCAGUUUUUUUUUAACAAAGGGUAUACUUACAGUAGUGUUGUCCCCCAUUUUAAGGGUUCCUAUUUGAAUACGGAACUUGUAUUUAACGAAUAUUUAAAAUGUAACUUUUAAAGGAAUUGAUCGUUUACGUGGUUUUCUUAACUAAUUAUAAUAAUUAUUUCUUGUCUGGAAACUAUAUCUGAAGUAUAUUUCGUUAUAAAUUAUUUUUUUGCGUGAUAAAAGACAAAGUUAUAUUCGGACACAGAUCAUUUAUUUAUCAUUUAAAAUUAAAUCUUUAAGAUAUAUUACAUUUCAAAUAAUUUUCAUUAAAAUUCUCAUAAAUUAUUCUACAUUCAUUCAUUUUACUUACAAAUUUUCAUUUUUCUAACUAUAAGAAUAUCGGGUUUCUAUUUAUAAAAUACUAAAAAAAAAAACCAUUUUGUCGAUGCGAAUGUAAAAUGGCGGAUGUUUGUAUGUGUGUGUUAACAUAAAUGAAUAUAUACGUAGAAAUUUGUAGUCCGUCCGUCGAUCGUUAAAAAUGGCGUGAUUUCACAUUAUAAAUGGGAGUUUUUCUAUAAAUUCGUUAUUUACAAAGUCGGGCAAAGGGCGGGCAUUACGGAUUUAGUUUCUAGGUAUAGAUAUAUAUCUGAAACGGUCAAAAUAUCACCCCAGAAAUGCCUAGAAUCAAACAACAACACACAACUUAGAAAAUGGUUAAGAAAUAUUUAUUAAACAAGUAAAAAUCCGAUAAAUUCCAUAGAAAAAAAGCCUCCAUAAAAAUUAAACGUUCCAAUUUUAACGCUUUUAACUCAAAGUAAACCCAAAUGUGAAUUGUAUAAAAAAAAUCGCAUAAUACUGAAAUAUUUACGAAAACAAGUGAAAAAGUCGGGUAAAAAGGUAUUCUGCCCUUUGCUGGACUUCGGUGGGGAGAAAUAAAUAUCUUGUUAAAUAAUAUUUUAAAUCGUUUGGGAGUGUGUGUUAUAAUAAUUUAGUAAUUUUAAAUAUAUUGGUAUAAACGUUGAAGGUUGAACACUCAAUAUCUAUUCAUCUCUGUCUUGCACUAACUAAAGACUCUUGCGUGAAAGAGAUAGAUUUAAUUGGAAUGUCAAAAAAAUACAACUUUAGAGACUGUCGCUAUCUUGGGCUUUUGGUUGAUGUAAAACGAAUCUAAGCUAAAAAAAAUAAUAGUUCAAGUUCAACAAGGCAUUAUAAAAAUCCUUGUUGAACCUUGGUAAUAAAAAAAUCGGGGUUGGGAAUUUGGUAAUGGUUCUCAUAAUUAUAGGAAAGGGGUGGAAUUUGAGGGUGGGAUGGUGGUGCGAAAAUUAAACAUUCUGUUCUAAAGAAUUUAAUAUAUAAAUAUCACAAUUAUUUGGCUUAACUGUGAAAUUAUGCCAAUAACAGCCAUUUGUGUUUAAAAGUAUGUUUAUACACGAUUUCAUUUAGAAAAGGUAGGAUGACGUCUGGUGUUUGAAGUAAAUAGAGUUGCAAAGUAGGAUAGGACCAUUAAUCGCUUGAAGAAUCAAUAAACUACCAAUUUCAAUAACCGAUCUUUACCCAAAAUUUUGAAUCGAUCUUAUUUUUUGACAGAAAUUCUAUAAAACUAAUGUCAAAAAAUUUGUCUUAAUCUAAAGAUUCUGACUUGAUAUUGGUUAUUGAAAUCGGCAGUAAAACUAAUGCUUUGACUUUACUUUGGUAACAACGAUCUCUAAAGUUUAUUUAAAAAAAAGAUAAUUUAAUAAAGAAAGACCUUCCUCGUUUAUACCUUAUACUUUAUUUCGAGAUGAAAAAUUCAUUGUAAAAUUUCACUUUAUGUCAAUUCAUUCAAUAAGUUCAUAAUAAUAUAUCCCCAUUGUGUAUUUAGUAAUUUAUUUAAAUUAAUUAAUUAGUUAAUAAAUAUUUGAUAUCUCUCAUAAGUACAUUUACAAAUCAGUGUGUCAGGUUAUACUUAAAUCAAAGUGCACUUAGAAAAUUGUGCGUUUACUGGGUUAUUUAGACAUAAAUAAUAUAAUGUUACUGCUAAGGCUGGGCACAGGUCACUAAUCGCAAGUUAUGUUGCUCAAAAUGACCAAAUUAUGCCUGUAUAUUUUUUAACACAUUGAACGCCGUGGUGGUCACCGGUGACCGACGUUAGCGGAGGAUUUGCCUUCAACAGUUUUCUAUUGGCACUCAAAGACUUAAACAUCCUCCACGUGUAGCGUGUCCUUUUACAAAUAUAAUGAGACAUAAAAUAAUUUGUGGAUUAUACAAAUAAUUGUUUCGAAUACGCGACACGUUGCAUAGCAGUCGGUUGCGAAUAAUCUAUCUAAUCUUACUGACGGGAUAAACUAAAUAUAGCUUCAUUUUCAGCAACGUAAUUUACGAAUUAUUUACUUACGUAACUAUGCAAUAAUCAGGUACACAGGAUUUAUAUGAAAGUAAGUUUAGGCUUUAUAAGGGUUUUUUAGAAGCCAUAAUCAUUAGCUUGUUCAUGUAACACGAUAUAAUCUUGUACUCUGCUAGUAAAUAGACCCAGAUCUUGUUUGAAUUUAAAAUUUUGUAGUAAAGCCAUAAAUUUUCUGUCCUUUCCUUGGAUAAAAGCCUUUUUAACCAUCUAGUUCCCAUAUCACACAUUUUGUUCAUAAAAAUAAGUAAAUUUCCUAAAUAAUUGAGUCCAAAACUGCCCAAUUACGGUUUAUAAUAUGAAUAAUUUCUACUUAACGCGGCGAAAGACUAGUAUUAAUAAAUCAUUAUAUUUAAGCAUAGCUACAAACCUGAUAUUUCACAAAAGUGCCAUUUGAUAUAAUAAUGGAAGUUAGGUAAUAUAAUUUAAAGUCUAAAUUUAUAAUUUGUCACGUGGCCAUUGAUCGUUUUGUUUUUAGAAAUUAACAGUUAUCGUAGAACGUUUAGAAAUUAUCGGCUUGAAUAUAUUAUGAGCAGAACAUGAUUAUACAUAUUGUAAUAUAAAUUAAAAUAUUCUCGAAACUAUGGACUUGACAAUGCGCCAACGGAAAACGUAUUUCAAAUAGCAACACUUAGGGCACGAAUAAAACGUCAAUGUCAAUCUUUCCCGCCAUUUUUUUAACUUUCUGAAGUGACUACAAAAUUGGCAAUCCUAUAUAAUCAUCAUGGUUAUUCUCAUUUGUAAAAUAAUUUACAGUAAAUCGACUAAAUUGGGACUAGAACAAGUUUCGAAUAAAUAACAUGUUCUUAUGUUUCAUUCUCUCAUUUUUUGAAGUUAGUUGUCUACUGUAAUGUUUUAAAUAGUAAUAAAUCAUGAUUUUUGUAUCUUUUGUGCAUUUUCGUGCAGUUAGUCGUGUUGUCUAAUUGAAAUACGUGUGUAACGUGUAAGUAUCGGACUACACAAUAUGUGCCACGUCUCACCUCAGUGUUUCAACUUAUGACAUUUUUACAACUUACGAUAAAACACGCUGACGUUUGUAUUCAGAAAUUUGACAAUAAUGACAGGUGUCACAUUGACAUUGACAGAAAACAAUAACAGAAAAAGAUGAAUUAGAAAUUAGACAAAUUACUUACUGAUCAACUAGUAAAAUAGACAACAGAGCAGUACAGAAAUUAGUUUAAUGCUCUCGUUCAUAGAAUUUAUUAAUGCUCAAUCUAAUGAGAUCAAAAAUAAGAACUGUUCGUUCUUGUAAGUCUCAAGGAUAUGUAUCAUUUAGACACGGUCUCUAAUAAUUUGUUAGAAAACUCAAACAUUGCGAUUUCUGAAUAUAAACGUCAGUUGAAGGAUAGUAGUUAGGAUAUAUUAUUAUGGUGUAGGUACGCUGGCGACAUACACGGUUGGGACAAGUAUUUAAAUAAGUUUUAUUUAUUUACUCAUACACUUCUCUUUUAUCUCUCAACAAAAAUAUAAGUGUGAUAGCAGUAUUUAUUGUGUAUACAAAAUGCCCUCUGUUAUUGUAACUUACCUUAAAACUACUAGCUUAACUCUCCUUCUCUAUAGUUUUAUUUUUAAGAUACCAACGAGUUCCUAAAACUCAUGACAAUUUGUCUAUGCUUACUCAUAAAUGUCAAACCGUAUGUGUUGCCACGUAACGAACCUCGAAAUACUGUAGAUUUUGGAAAUAAAAUAAUAUAAUUAAAAUUAUAAUAUGCAAAUAAAAGAGUUGAACUGUUAAUAACACUAUAAACUGUUUAAGAGUAGAUUUAUGUAAUGUACAUGUUUAUUUUAAAGUUUUCAUUUGUUCGAGUAAGGGCAACUGUACUUGCAAACAUACAGACAGUUUUUCUUACAUACACCGCAGCAAUUUGUCACAUAUGUUCUUAUUGUAAUCUCACUGGAAGUUUUUCGAAGUUUGUAUUUUAAUUUAGUUUCGUAGCAAAUUAUGUCAUAUUUUUAACCUUUUGCACAUAAUAAAUGAAAUAAUUUAAAAUGUAUAAUGAAACUGUUCAUUCAUUUAUUUAUUUGUACACAUAAAAUUGGAUAAAGCAUUCCGAAUUAAUCGAUUAUAUAAAUUGUACUGUCAAGAAACUGAUCUAACUUACAUUAUAUCUUUCAGAUUAUUGGAUAUUUUGAACCAAAGAAAUUGUACCACGUCUCUUGCAAAGAAUAAUAAUUUUAUACUUGUUUGAUUAAAAAUCGUAUUUUUAACAUUAAUUCCAUAGUUAUAUCUAUUUAUUAACGUUUAAAAUGAAGCAGCUUUUUAAAAUAACAUUCCUAAAUAUAUGUCUAUCGCGGAUUCAAUAAAUUGUUUGUGUAAACUUGGUAAAUACACUAUUUCUUCAUCACCGAUCACUGGACUCGAGCUUGUUAGUUAUUUACCAAAGUUAUAUCUAGUUCUACUUUACUUAGUGUGUUGCAUUUAUUUUAUCUGACGUUUUGUGUGUGCAUGUGUGUAUUUUUAGUUUUUUAUUUGUAAUUUAAGGCCAUAUUUUAGCUUGUACGUUAUACAAUGAGUUUAUAUCCCUGUACACGUCGGGAAGUAUACUUUGGAAAUGUUUGUACAAUUUAUUUCUAGUUAUGUAUGUAAGUAGUUGCAAGUUGAAUUUCGAUUCGAUGUUAGUGUGGGAUAAAGUCUCUAUUUUUAUUAUGAUGUGGUAACUAAAUUAUGAUGUAACGAACUAAUUUAGAUGUUAAAUGAUAUAACACUGUUACAGACAAGUAAAUCAAUGUAUAUUCUAUUCGGUGAGCCGGAAACUGUUGUCUAUAUUUUUCGCUCAUUGAAUGGUGAUAUUUAACGGUUUUUUCACAAUAUUGUCAUAUUAAACUUUGACAAUAGUAUAAUUUUUGAAUGAAUAAACUGUGUAAAAAGUUUGCAA